AUGACUAAGCCUCACUCCCAGCCGGUCUGACUGAGUCCUAAGGCGUUUAAGGGGGGAAAAAAAACCUCACUGACGAACUAGCUGGAUGUCAGCACGGCAACCGUUCAGGCAGGAGCUGUUUGGUUUCACCCAGGAUUUUCUGUGGAAAAUAAGUUAGCAGAGGAAAGAGCCCCUGACCAGGGACCAGCUGGAUCAGAUCGGAAUUAACCUGUACUCCCAGAGGAUACUGAGAAGGCCUUGAACAGCGUGGAAGUCAACCUGCAGAAAGAAAUAGCACCUCCACCCCACACAUCUGUUCACACACUCCUCCUGUCCGUAAAGAAUCAUGGAGUUACAGAAACUGGCCAAUGGGAACCACCAUGACCUGAGUCCAGAGAAGAUUAAUCUGGAUGAUGGGUUUGACGGCGUUGAAAGUGUUGCAACAGAAAGCGAGGAGUUUCUACCUCACAGCCAUGAUGGGAAGAAACAGCCACAAUUCACUGAUUUCGAGGGAAAGACCUCUUUUGGGAUGUCUGUCUUCAACCUCAGCAAUGCCAUCAUGGGGAGUGGAAUUCUGGGAUUGGCAUAUGCCAUGUCCAACACUGGCAUCAUCCUCUUCCUAUUCCUCUUGACAUGCAUUGCCAUUCUGUCCGCAUACUCCAUUCACCUCCUGCUGAAGAGCGCAGGCGUUGUGGGCAUCCGCGCGUAUGAGCAGCUGGGAAACCGGGCUUUCGGGCCCCCGGGCAAAGCUCUGGCAGCCGUAAUCAUCACCAUACACAACAUCGGCGCCAUGUCCAGCUAUCUCUUCAUUGUGAAAUAUGAGCUGCCUCUUGUCAUCCAGGCCUUCCUCGGGAAACAGAGCAACACUGGAGAGUGGUUCUUAGAAGGGAAUUACCUGAUCAUCAUCGUCAGCAUCGUCGUCAUCCUCCCCCUUGCACUAAUGAAACAGCUCGGUUACCUGGGGUACACCAGUGGCUUCUCCCUCACCUGCAUGGUGUUCUUCCUCAUCUCGGUGAUCUACAAGAAGUUCAACAUUCCAUGUCCAUUCGACAAAAUUAAUGUCUCUCUCAGCCUUACGGAAGAAGACACCUGUCAGAGUGAACUUUUCACCAUUAACCAACAGACGGCAUACACCAUCCCCAUCCUGGCCUUUGCGUUUGUUUGCCACCCAGAGGUGCUGCCCAUCUACACGGAACUGCGCAACCCAACCAAGAAGCGCAUGCAGACGGUGGCCAACAUCUCCAUACUCGCCAUGUUUGUCAUGUACCUGCUCACUGCUAUCUUUGGCUACCUCACCUUCUAUGUGAACGUGGAGGCGGAGCUCUUGCACACCUACAGCAAGGUGGACCCCCUGGACACGCUGGUGCUCUGUGUGCGUCUUGCCGUGUUGGUGGCUGUCACCCUCACCGUGCCCGUUGUUCUGUUCCCGAUCCGGAGGGCGGUUCUGCAGCUGCUGUUCCCAGAUAAGCCAUUCCACUGGGCUCGGCACAUUGGCAUCGCCAUCUCGCUGCUCUUCAUCGUCAACCUGCUCGUCAUCUUUGUGCCCAACAUACGCGACAUCUUCGGCCUCAUCGGAGCCACUUCCGCUCCCAGCCUGAUCUUCAUCCUGCCCGGAAUAUUCUACAUUCGCAUCGUCCCCAGCGAUGUGGAACCCUUGAAAUCCCGGUCAAAGAUCCAGGCUGCCUGUUUUGCCGGCCUGGGUUUUGUGUUCAUGGUGAUGAGCUUGUCUUUCAUCGUGGUGGACUGGGUUUCUGGAGAGAGCCGGAGCGGGGGUGGGCACUGACAUUCAGCGAUGCCAAUGCACCAAAUGGAACAGGACAUUUACUCUCAAUCCAGCAUCUGUAUCCCCCCCAGUCCCCCAACACACAUACACACCUAUUUACCCAGUCCAGUAAACCGCCAAUGUUAACACUGACUUGACACUGUCCGCAUGCAGAACAUACAGACUCUACUUCCUGUCUCAUUCCCAGAUAAUUUUUCCCCCGUCCUCAGGUUAGUUUUACUGUAUUGUUUAUGAGAAUAAUGACAGUCCUGUCUCCCAGGAAUCUGCAGCUCUCUUAAUGUGCUGCCCUGACCAGUUGCUCUGUGCUCACGCUGAGAGGUGGGAGACAGAAGAAAAAAACUGUCAAAUUCUUCUCCCAGUACAUUCUUCUCCCUCACUUAACCUGCAAGGAACAUAUGCAAAUUACUGUCAGCUGUCUGAUGUGGUUGUCAGUAAAUUAGAAAAUUAGGUCAUAAAAUAAUAAAUAGAUUAUACAUAUAUUUUAUCCUGCAACUUGAAAUGGAAAGAUUAUUUUAUUCCAGUUAUAUUUAUAUUUUGCAAAAAAAAAGCAAAUGUGAAAUUAUUUAAAUUUCUCCCUCUCCCUUUUGCAAAACAAAAGUAAAACAUUAGUUUUAGUCUUCGUGCCAUUUAUUUAAUCACAAUGUAUAUACAAACAUAUCAGUAUGAAAAAACUGUAAGUGUUGUUUGUUAUACCAGUAGGGUGGUUUACAAGAAAGCCAUACAUUCAGUCCUGCGAAUGUAAUUGGUCAGCUCUGAGCCAGCUGACGGUUUACAGUGUGUAUUGGUCGAUAAAUGUUCCCGUGCAGUCUAUGACCAAAAAUUGUAUGAACCUGAUGAAGUAUUUGUGUAUUUGUUUUAAUACUUUAUAACUUGCAUUAAGGAUUAAGCUCUCCAUACCCACCAGCUAGCGUGUUGGCGAGAAAGGUGUUUCCAAACUGCUAUGUUGGGUAAAAACAGAAUCAGGAGAAUUGAGGCCAAAUUCAUACAGCAAGCAAUUGCAUUAAAUAACCAAAAGAUAAGCUGCGUAUGAAUGUAAACCUUUUCCCACCAGCCUUGUUGCAUAUUUAUACCAUAUAUUUUCUGUUUUUUUUUUCUUCAAAAUUGUUGAAUUAGCAGAAAUGAUGAGGCAGUUGUGUUUUUUAACAAACACUUUUAUUUUGAGGUUCACUACACAUAUUUCCAGCAGGCAAGGUGGACUGAGUUAGGAAAUGACAUUAAUUCUAGUCGCAUGAAAUAAAGCCCAUGGACGUGUAGUUGUUGUUUUCUUUUUCUAAAAUGUCUCCCUGGACUGUUCGCUGUCCAUCAUAAUAUCAUCUUUCCCUGAUUGGGGAAAAGGCGAAGGGGAAAGAGAUCAUUUCUUCCCUCUGUUAUUAGAGAGCCAAAGAAAGAAGGGCCUAUUUUACCACUGUCAUAAAUGGCCUUGGAGUAAGUCCAUAAAAUAUUUUGAUGUGUUCUUAUAUCUGUAAAAGAUUAUAGAUUUAAAGAUUUUUGCUGUCCACAUGAAGUUAUUUUGUAUAAUAAUUGUAGUCUUGUCUGAGAAAAAGGCAUGAAAAUGGAAUAUUUUUAAAUAAUACACCCAUAUUUGUGUAUGUUUGUACAUGUGUUCACAUGUGUUUAUAUUUCAAGAAAAAGAGUUAAAAUGCACAAAUUAUUUGUUCCUAUUUGACCAAUCCAAGGACAUUUUGGUGAGCAUUUGAAUGCUCCUUUUUGAUUUGUAGUAUUUAUCAAGAGAGUUCCUGGGGGAUACUGGCGCAAAAGUAUCAAGUUCUGUUUUUUGGUCAGUUGUAUCACAAAAUAUUUGUCAAGGUCACAGACGUGCUCUCUUUUUAAAUAAAGAUGAAUAACUCUUUAAUAAAUUUAAUAA